AUGGAGUGGAGACAACAUGCACUUGAGCCAAAGGCAAAGCCUGAACUUCACUGGGAUGAAUAUUGGUUAAACAUACGGGACACAACGACCCCAACAGGCGAAGCAAAAUAUCCACUGUUGAUGGCAUUUGUUAGUAUUCUGGCUUCACUACCAUUUUCAAAUGUAUCUGUUGAAAGAAUUUUUAGCCAACUUAAGCUGGUUAAAACGGAUCAGAGAGAUUCUUUGAAAUCAACGUCAUUGGUUUCCUUACUUCAGGCUAAGAUGAGAAUGAAGAAUGAGCACUUGACUGCUGCCAGCUUAAGAGUUCAUAAAGGAAUGUUGGAACUAGCAGCCAAGAUGAAGUCGUACGCCACUGACAAAGAAACAAAGGAAUUAAGAAAAGAAUUAUUACUAAUAAGUACUAAUAAUGAAUAUUUGUUCGAAGAUGGUAUGACUACAA